AUGCGUCCAACUCAAUUACUUAAAGAACAAAAGGACUAUUCUCAAAAUUGCAAUUUGGUAAUACCGGAAUAUUUGUUACAACUCAUUGAAAAACUUAAUGGGUUAGGAUUGAAACUUGAUUUUUAA